GCAGCUUCGUUCCGUGAGCGACGUUUCUUCUCUUUAAAACUUGCACUGGAUGAAACAUCAGCUUCACAAUAUCAUAUAAACACAAAAUAUAGUUAGCUUAGCUUCUUAGCUUCAGAUAAACGGACAAGGACGCCGCACAACUACCUGUGAGACUGACUGAUCGAGACCAACGUGUGUUUUCACUGGGUUCAUCCGGAGAAAAGGUGAUUUUAUUGUGUGAAAAUGUCCAAAAAAGUCCAAACGCUGAGAGCUUUUGUCAACCAGCGACUAUGUGCGGCUGCAGAGGAGAUAUUUGGGCUGUUUGAAAGGACGAUAUCAGAGUACGAGGAGGAACUCUGUCGUUCCAAAGAGGAGAACCAGAGACACAGGAAACUACUGGACGCUGUUUUCCAGCCUGAAGUCCGGUUACACAGAGCAGGUGUCCAGCAGCUGGUGGUGAGUAAAGAAGAGGUUCCCCCUGAGCAGCAGCAGUGGAGCCCCAGGCUGGACCAGGAGGACCCACCAGAGACGCCACACAUUAAAGAGGAACAGGAGGAACUCAGGACCAGUCAGGAGGGAGAGCAGCUUCCAGGACUGGAGGAGGCUGAUAUCAUCGCGUUCACAUUCACUCCUGUCCCUGUGAAGAGUGAAGAAGAUGAUGAAGAGAAACCUCAGUCCUCACAGCUUCAUCAAACUGAAGAGAACAGAGAUGCAGAGCAUUUGAAAACAGAAACUGAUAGAGAGGACUGUGGAGGACCAGAACCAGCCAAGAACUUUAAUCCAGAUAGUCCUUUACAACCAGAUACUCAUGGCCAGACUUCACUCCCCUCUGAACCUGAGACUGAUAACAGUUGUGAUUGGGGGGAGACCAGGGAACCUCAGCCAGGUUUAAACCCUCUGCAAAAUAAUGAAGCACCUGUAAGUGAUCAGGAAUGUAACACUGGAGAAACAUCAGUUAGCUCCUCUGAAUGUGCUGCAAGAUUUGGCCAUAAGGAACAUCUGCAGAACCACAAUGGAACCCAAACAGGAGUGAAACCAUUUAGUUGCUCAGUUUGUGGUAAGAAAUACCUCUGGAAGAACUCCUUAAAGAAUCAUAUGAGACUUCAUUUAGAGGGAAAACAUUUCAGCUGCUCAGUCUGCAAAACAAGUUUUAGCGCCAGAAGCAAUUUGUUCACACACAUGCGAAUCCAUACUGGGGAGAAACCAUUUAGUUGUUCAGUUUGUGCUAAACAAUUUUCACGAAAGGAACAUUUGAGACGACACUCGACUGUCCACAAAGGAGAGAAACCAUUUAGUUGUUCAAUUUGUGCUAAAAGAUUUGCGCAAAAGGAAAAUCUAACACGACACUUGACCGUUCACACAGGGGAGAAACCAUUUAGUUGUUCCGUUUGUGGGAAAAAAUUCACACAACAUGGAACUCUGAGACGACACAUGACUGUCCACACAGGAGAGAAACCAUUCAGUUGUUCAGUUUGUGGUAAAAAAUUCUCACUACAUGGAAUUCUGAGACGACACUUAACCAUCCACACAGGGGAGAAACCGUUUAGUUGUUCAGUUUGUGGUAAAAGAUUCGCACGAAAGCCAAAUCUGAGACAACACUCUGCCAUCCACGGAGGGGAGAAAACAUUUAGUUGUAGUUGAAUGAAUAUGAAAUAUUUUAUUCUCGUGUCAUGACUCAUCUCGUAAAUAUUCUGAUACAUUAACUUACAACAUAAACAAUCCAGCAUGUUGACCCACCACUAUCUAACAGUACAAUACCUCCACAUCAUCCAAACAUAGACCUAAACAUAAACCUCCCACAAAUAACACUCCAGGGUCCCUGUUUCAUAAGGCAGGUUUAACAAACCCUGAGCUCCGAGUAGAUUAAACUUGAGAUGUGAAAUAUGAAUGCAUGCCAACGUGGAACAUGAUAUUUAUCCUAAAAACAGGAGUGAAGGAAUGAAUCAUUGUUAACAAUAUUACAUUUUAUUCAGCAUAGCUCAUUCAGCAUAGACUCGAAUUUCCUUAAUGAACAGUAAAGUCCUGUCUUUUCUGUAUGUUAACAUUAGAUUUUUAAAAAUAUUUCUUAAGCUGUAACCUGAUGGGGACAAAGUGCCAGUGGCAAUAACUGAUAAUGAAAAUAUGGAACGGAUAAGACACCGUUUACUCAUUGACCUGUGAUUGUAAAGUCAUAGUCCCGACCUAGUAUUAAUGAUUUUGUUGAUUUGCAUAUGAAACUGCACAUUUUUAGACAUCUUUUUAAUUAAUUUAAUGAAAUACUCUUAAAACUCAUUUCUGCAAAUAAUAUUCAAAAUCUCAUUUUCAAACUAUAUUUAGUGUCAGCUGCACCACAAUCAUCAUGAUCAUCAUCUCCAACAUAAUAACUAUGCUAGGAAUGUUCCUUCAGUGCGACUAAUCACAACAUGACUGAUGAUUGUUCGUUGAUGAGCUUCAUACAGAUUAGUUUAUUUUACACAGUGAUUACUGCAGUGAUGUAGCCCAAGCUAAAUGUUUCAAUGCAACCUGACAGCUGCCUUAAUGUCCACAGAGUGUUAAAAAGGACAGUGUAGCCUAUAGAGGAUGAAUCCAGAGAUCUGUCUCUGUCCUUACAUCGGUGACAGAUUGAGUGAGUAAUGAACUAAUAUCUGAGUGGGAUUUCAAUGUUUCGAAAAACUUCGGCAAAUGAAUCGUUCCGGAUGUGCUUUGAUAUUAACUGUAUGAAUGAGGAAAUUAAAACAGUGUCAGACAGCUGCUUCAGGCUCAGCAGGAGAAGUCAGUCAGAAAAGACACUAAUCACAGAUUCUGUCACCUCUGGGUCUUCCCAUUUUAAUAUUUUGUGGUAAUUGGGCUGUUCCUCGAUUAAUCGAUUAGUUGUUUGGUCUAUAAAAUGUCAGAAAAUAGUGGAAAAUGUUGAUCAUUGUUUCCAUGAAGCCCAAGAAGAUGUCCGUAAAUGUUUUGCCCAUAACUGAGAGGAGAAAAGAAACCAGAAAAUAUUGACUUUUAAAGGAGACCUAUUAUGCUUUUCCACAUUUUAUGAAUUUCUACAAUGUUACAAUGUCAGAUGUUCAUCUUAAACAUGGCCAAAGCUUCAAAUAAUGAGGUUAAAGUUUUUCUGUGAGGAAAAACCUCAGGUUUCCUCCUGUUCUGAACGCUCUGUUUUGAACUGCUUUUUCUACCAACGUCUCCGUUAUAAUACCGUCAUAAUACCGAGCCAGACGGAGCCGCUGUUCCAUAUAUGGUCAUUUGCUCCGCACAGCAACUUCACAGCAACGCUCAGUCUACCUGUUCUGCCCAGCGACAACAGCAGCCUGGUAACAUUCUUCAGGUCUUGGCUAAUCAGAAGACAGUGGGUUUGAGAGGGAGGGGGCCUUAAAGAGACAGGAGCAUCUACAGCAGAGGUCACUAAUAGGCGGACCGCGGCCCCGAUCCGGACCCAGCCCCUGUCGUCUCCGGACCACCGACCAACAGCAGAUUUAUUAUUGAGACUUACUACCUCGUGACGGAGCGUUUCUAUUUUAACCGGCACAGCUUUUCUAGCAUUUACUGUACUGGUUUAGCGGCCCAGGAAACUCACACACCAAUCGCGUGUGCUCCAAUCGUCUCAUGUGACGCUGCUCAGCCAGUCAAAUCUGUGCAUUCCGAUGUUUGCGAGUCGAGUCCGCCAGAUUCACCGGAGAUGUUCUGGAAACGCACACGAAUUGAGGAGACGAAAGGCUGGGCUUAAAGGCUUAAAAUGGCUUUUAAUCAAGAAUGUACAGAGUUUUACAUGUACGUUCCUCCCACGGGCAGUUCAAAACCAGAAUAUCUCAUAGAUCUCCAGUCCAGCUGGCAGGACAAACUAGAGCUCACGUUUCUCACUGAACAAGAGAAAGUUGGAAAGUGGUAGCUAUGUAAGAGGGAAUGAAAGAGAAGGAGGCCUUACAGCUGUUCAGUUAAGAUGUGUUGAGUGUUUAUAUGUCAUUAUUUCUAAAAAUUCGGCUCUUUAUUUUAGUUAAAUUUAGAAUUAUUUAUUAGAGUAGUUAUUAUUUAUCAUCUCUCCGGUUUGAUGUGAAAACUGGAAAUAUUAUUUGAUUUGACAGUCCGUUGUUGACUAAAU